AUGGAUUUUACCAAACUUGUCAGAUCCAAACCCAACGGUGGUGACCCGAUAAAGGAGCGGUCUCGCUUGCAAAAGCUCCAAUAUGGUGAGUUAGAGAAGGAAGGCGCGACGCUGCAGAAAUGCUUCACAUAUUCUCCGGGAGAAUCACAUAUGAUCAAGGCGAAAGUAAUCCAAUUCUCCGGUCAUCCUCCGUGGUCACCCCAGGAUUUCGUGAAAACCGGGUGGACCAUCAAGCGGAUCGGGGGGAAAGGUGAUCCACCCGCUAGUGGCCGACCCCGGGGAUGGAAUCCAGCAAUGGCCCCGUUGACACCCCUUCCUUGGUCAAUUCUGCCAGUAGCGAAGCAACUUGGUCUUUCAACCAAGCCGGUCUACAAGACGGUCUCACUGUUCAAGUUAGUCAAGGACAAUGCUGAGAGCGAUUUUAGCGAUUAUAUCAUCCAAGUCGGUCCCGGAGUGAUCGUGUCCCAGCUCAGCUCGCGCUUCUUAGGUCCACACUGGUCUGAUGUUGCCCUUGCGGUCUAUAAACAAUAUGAGACUGCUCCGUUGAAGUACGUGUUCCGCGUGGAUAUCACGAACGAGACUGUCGAACGUCUGAUCAGCGAGGAGAUUUAUUCCGUAAAGAAUGGUCUUGAGUGGCCCGACUCUAUUCGGCGAGAGUGGAAAAUCGGGACGUCCGAGUAUCGAGCGCUUUUGGGGACUCCUAUCGGUCGUGGAGUAGUUGCGUUAGUUCUCAGGGGUUAUGAUCGCGGCACGAAGCUUAUUUCAAGCAUCUCCACUUUUUCGGAUAAGCAUAAGGUUUCUAUGCAUUUGCUCUUCGCGUUCUCCGAUCAUGGUAAGUCAUUCCCCGACGAGUGA